GUAACAUGAACAGAUGUAGUAACAUUGCCAAAUCAGGUAAUAUUGUCCCAUUGGGUAACAUGAACACAUGUAGUAACAUUGCCACAAUGGGUAAAAUUGUCUCAUUGGGUAACAUAGCCACAUGUAGUGCUAUUGCCACAUCAGGUAAUAUUGUCCCAUCGGGUAACAUGAACACAUGUAGUAACAUUGCCACAUUGGCUAAAAUUAUCUCAUUAGGUAACAUGAACACAUGCAGAAACUUGCCACAAUUAGAUAGUAUUUUCACAUUAAGUACAGUAAUAGGUCAUCAGUUAAUAUUUCUCAUCAGGUAAAAUGAGUUGUUUAAAUGAAAAAAAGAUGUAAUUGUAUAAUUGGUUCUAAUAUUUAUUUUUCACUCUUUAAUAGACAGUUUUAUGUACAUCAAACAUAACAGAAAGAUGAAAAAGGAAAUUCA